AUGGGUAUUAUAAAAAGAAUACUACUUUUACAAAUUGUUUUAGUUCUUGUGUUAUGUUGUCAUAGGAUAAGAUGUGAAGAAGUAAGUAGCAUAUCGAAUAAAGCAUCCGUUAAGGAUGAGGGGCAAAAUAAUAAUAGUAACAAGAGUAAUAAUAACAAUAAUAAUAAUAAUAAUAAUAACAAUAAUAAUAAUAAUAAUAAUAAUAAUAAUAACAACAACAAUAAUAAUAAUAAUAACAACAAUAAUAAUAAUAAUAAUAACAACAAUAAUAAUAAUAAUAAUAAUACCUCUGGUUUAAGCGUAAAAUCAGAAAAUUUUAAUAUGAUCAUAAAACCUGAAGGGGACGAGCAAUCCCCUUUAAAUUCUUUAUCCGUUGAACAAAAAAAAGAUACUCCUCAAAUUGAAGAGUUAAGAAAAAAGGAAGAAACUAAAGAUCAAAAAGUAACCGAACAAGUAAAUAAUUUACAAUCGAAAAAUGAGAAAUUAACAAAUACGUUGGAUCAGGUUGUACAAGGAGAUAAUAAUAACAACACGCUAGAUACAACAACAAGUGAAACGAGUAGUAGUAGUACUACUAAUACAAACAAUAAUAAUAAUAAUAAUAUUAAUAAUAAUAGUAAUAGUAAUAAUAACAAUAGUAAUAUUAACAACAAUAAUAAUAUUAACAAUAAUAAUAAUAAUAUUUAUCUUGGUCAUAAUAAUAAUCUUGAUAGUAAUAUAAUUCAACAAACAAACUUUAUAGAAAAUACGGAACAUAAUGUUCAAAAACAAAACGAGAAAAAAGAAAACAACAAUACAUCUGGAAGCACAUCAAAAAGUUCAAGCAGUCAGAAUUUAGAAAAUUCAAAAGAAGUCGAACAAGCAGUGGUUAAAGAAAUUACACCAAAGGAGGAGACAUCCAAUGGACAAAAUAAAGAUAAGGAAAAAAUUUUAUCGAAUGUACAAAAUGAUGCAACUAAUAAAAAAAUGGUAAAUGAUAAUACAAAAGGUUUAAGUAGUGAUAAUAUGAACUCAAGUAAUGAUUUGAAUGCUCCUAAUAAGAUGAAUGAGGAUAGUAAAGGCAGUUCAGAAUAUGUGGAUCUGGCUAGCCAAAAGAUAUAUGAUGAAAUGAACAAAAAUGUGGAAGAAAGUGGUUCAAAUUUAUAUUUCCUUAAAUUAUUAUCUAUAGGUUCAUCUAUUUUUAUGCAGUUAAUAUUUUUACCUACAAUAUUUAAAAUAAUAAAGAAGAAAACAACAGGAGAGUUGGAUGGUUUUCCAUAUAUAAUAUUAUUAUUAUCUUCAUUUUUAUGGUUAGUUUAUGGAAUGUUAUUAAAUAAUUCAGCGAUUGUGUUUCCCAAUUUAGUUGGAUUGAUAUUAGGAAUAUUAUAUUGUGUAAUAUAUCACAAGAAUUGUAAAAACAUGUGGCUAAAGCAAAAGUUACAUUCUUAUUAUAAGAUAUGUGGAUUUAUAUGUUUUUUAUUAUAUGCAUUUUUAUAUAUAUUAUCAUAUGAACAAUAUGAAGUAUUUGUUGGAUUUGUUGCCUUCAUAUCGAGUAUAGUUAACUUCGGUGCUCCCUUAUCUUAUAUCCAAAUAGUAAUAAAGAAGAAAAACUCAUCUUUAAUACCUAUGGAAGUAACGAUGGGUAGUUUGUUAUGUUCCUUUUUAUGGUUAACAUAUGGUUUUACGUUAAAGGAUGGAUUUAUUAUAAUACCUAAUUUAUGUGGUUUUAUUUUAAGUCUCUUACAAGUACUAUUAAUCAUAUUAUAUUCUAAUAAAGAAAACACAACCUUUAAUCAUGACUCUGACACAACCGUUAGCGAAAUAUCCACAAGAAAAAAUCGUAAUAAAUAUAUCCCUGAUACAAAUAGUAAUAUGUUUUUUAAUGAAUAUAACGUGGAUGAAGAAAAUCGAAUGACUGAAAUAUCAACAACUAUGCCCACUACAAUUUUUGAUUUGUCCUUUGACGAAACAUCACCCUUGACGGGUACCUUCAAUAUAGAUUACAGCCGUCCGGGUGUUUCUAAUCAGAAGUAUUUAAAACGUUCAGAGAGUUUGGAAAAGAAUACUGCAAUAACAUUUUAA